AUGUCUGGUCAAUUUUUCAUUUCUGGUACAUUUUUUUUAUUUUUUCUCAUAUUAUUUCGUGAAAAAAUUAAGCGAUUACGAAAUCUGUCAUCAUCAUUAUUACAAUAUCACGCCAAUGUAUCACAAUAUAUUGUUAAAAGAAUAUUCUGGAAUCAAUUUCAUUUUGAAUACAUUAUACUUUAUGGAAAAAUUUCACGCUUAAAUGAAUCGGCAAAAGUUAUUCUCUUAGCCAUGGAAAUGAUAGCUAAAUCAGCAAUAAUGAUUUCAUGUGUAUUUUAUAGUCAACAAAUCAAAAUGGUCGAAGCGAAUACAUUUCUGGUAACCAUUUUCAUUAUUGUUUUUCUAUAUGUCAACAUCAUGUAUUUACGUAUUGCCAUUCUGCCUACAUAUAAUGAACAAUGUCUCAGAUCCAUAUUACGAUGGCUGAUACGAUCACAAUGGCGGCAUAAAUUUUCAGAUGUACAACAGAACAAACAAUCGACAUUUUAUGCUCGUAUUGUUCAACGGAUUCGAUGGCGACAAACAUUGAAAUCAAAUUUAUUCAUCCAGGCAACGGUCAAUAAUCGACUUGGUUUCACUUGUGGACAUAUGUUUCAUAUAAAUAAAUUUAAAUUUACCGAAUUGAUAAUGUUGAAUAUACCGUAUAUUCUGAUGUUAUAUAAACAUGUUACACGUUGAUUGAAAAUCGAUUCUACUUUGUGGUUGAAUUCUAGUUGCAUUGUCAAUAUUGAUAUAGCAUA